AUGCUCACAGAUUGGUUAGAGUCCGAAAAGGUUCAUUACGCUGCGCAGCUCGAAAGGUUCUGCAUAGUCAUCAGGGAUGAAGGAUUGGUUUGCCUGGUUCGGUUACAAUCGAGCAUUCCAUUCUUGGAUCGUGUAUGGGAAGUGGAGCCGUCGGAUGUGGUGGAUAUUCUGGAGGCGGCGGCAGGAGGUGACGUGGACGAUGUGGAACUGCUGGCAGAAGAAGCAGGCAGAUGCAAGGUGGUACUCAUCACAUCGAGCAACUGA